AUGAAGGGGAUGCUUGCGGAGGCGGGGCUCACCGGCUUUGCUAAGGAGCCCACCUUGUUCCGAGAUGAGAGGCCUGGCUGUGACACAGGCCUGGUGCUGCAUGCUGAUGAUGGGCUUCUUGCUUCAACACCAGCAGCCCGACAAGCCCUUGAGAAAGUGCUCGCCAAGAAGGUCAAGGUUCAAAUCAGCAGCCCACUGAAGGAGGUGGGGGAUGAGCUGGAGUUCCUGAAGCGAAGAUAUGUGAAGCUUGAAGAUGGGAUAGCAAUGUAUUCGGGGCAAAAGCAUGUUGAGGCUCUCUUGGAAGCAAUGGGGCCUGGAUUGAAAAGCAGAGACACUCCCAGUCUCUUGGAAGCUGAUACAAGUGCCGCCCUCGCUCCUGAAAGGGCCAAGCAGUACAAGGAGUGUACUGGCAGGCUCUUGUACCUGAGCCACACGAGGCCGGACAUACAGUACAGCACAUGUGUCCUUGCAAGUAAGAUGAGCUCACCAACCGUUAUGGCCUACAAGUGGCUGGCGAAAGUCGCCGGCUACCUCCAGAAGGUUCCCAGUCUUGGCUUCCUGAUCAAGCCUUUGCAACAAGCAGCCUGUUUGGAAUACAAAGGCUCAGGACCCCUUCAGCACGGAGGCCAGGUCGUCUUGGAAUCCGUAACAGAUGCUGACUGGGCUGGGUGCAAGCGAACAAGAAAGUCUCGCUCCUCGGUGCAUCUGUACCUGGGUGGCAGCUUGAUUGCCAGUCACGUUAGAACUCAGAAAUCUGUGUCGCUCAGCAGCGGGGAGUCGGAGUUCGUUGCAAUGGUGAGUGGGGGCACUGAAGUUGUGUUCAUCCGGGAGUGCCUCGACUACUUGAUGAAAGGGUUCGCUGAGAUUGAUGUUGUGCUUCGAAGUGACAGUGCUGCAGCUAGAGGCAUCAGCCAGCGAAUCGGCUGCGGCAAGGUCAGACACUUGAGCUGUGGCCUUUUGUGGGUCCAAGAGGCCAUCAAAGCCAAGGUCUUCCGUGCAAGCCCUGUGUCAGGGCAACGAAACCCCUCUGACCUGGGUACAAAACCUCUGAGCGGCCCUCGCGUCCGAGAGCUCCUAUGUCGAAGUGGAGCAGUGGACGAUGAUGGAAAUCCAUAUGGACUUGAGGACCUUGAGAGAUCCCAGAGCAAGAUGCAAGUGAAAGAAAUGAUGAAAAGCAGCGGAGUGGGCCUAGUGCAUGCGAAGAAAAUUCUGCCGAUCUUGCUUGUGAUGGCCCAAGUGCUUGGGGCUGAUGGUGCAGAGGGCUUGGGCCUCGCCGUGACGAUGGCGAUGAUGGAAGAUGCUCUUCUGUCUGGAGUGGCUACGAUGGCGACUGGCCUGGUAGUAGUGUUGUUUUGGCUUGGAGCUUUGUGGGUCAUUUGGUGGAUCUACAAGUGGGCCCUUCCAGGCCGACGAGCAACUGUGGAUCAGGCCAGCCAAGCAAAAGUGGAAAAGGUGAACCGCUACACCCAAGCGAGCAUCGGAAUGUCACCAAGCGAGCGGCAGUUCAUGAACGAGUAUGUCGACAGAUGUAGUUUUCUCACCGAAGCCCUGCAUGAAGAACAUCGUACUGUAGAGCAAUGCGAGGAAGCUUUGAUUGAGGAUAUGCCCCCGAGUCAAUCACAAUCGCAACUCACCGGGGCACAGUGUAUCAUCGUGAAGAUUGCGGAGCCCUGGCCAACAGUCGUCCUGCGGAACACUGGAGAAGAGUCCAUUGUGGGGAUGCUAUGGGAAGUGUCCAAGAAGUGGAAGAAGAUGCGGGACACCACGCCGGCUCAACUCCAGGCAUCGUUGAGAGCUACGAUGAUGGCUGGCAUGCUGAAAGCCCUGAAGGACCGACUCCAUCAGGUGACCACGGACGAGAAGCUACUGGAGAAUGCGAAAAACGUGCAACUCCUGGAUGCGCAAGGCCGCUGGGUAUACCAGGUUUGGGAUCACGAGUUGGAGAAGCUACAGGUGGAUGCCAGCCGCACACCCCUGAAGACCGAGGAGAUUCAGCAGCUGCUUGCGGUGUGCGAGAAGGCCAACGAGAGUCCGGUGCUGUAUCGUUUUCAUGCGAAGGCCGAGUACAGCUGCUCGGAGUUCGUACACUUCGAGAUAGAAGUGGGUCGUCGAGGUCAGGAAGCAGCGGACCUGUAUCGGAGCUUGAAGGUGCUGUGCCAGUGCUCGGUCUUGCAGAUCAUCGGUGCCCGUCUCCGCAAAGACAAACCGGGGAGGUCUGCCGCAGCACACAGGAUCCAGGACUGCCUUCGCUGA